GCUUUCUGGCACUCACCCUAAUGUCGCGCGCGGCGGUUUAUUAAGAGCCGAGGCCAUUACCCAACCUUCACUGACACGCGUGCUCUGCACGGCUCCCAGGACCGCCAGCACGUCAAGCUAACACUAAUCGAUUCGUGAAAUAAUAGGGUGAAUAUGCGCUUUCAUCACCCCGCGCCGCCCAUCUACCCGCAAUGGAAGAAACCGAUGACAAAUCGUAGCAUCGACGAGGAUGCUAAACUUCAAAGUGGUUUUCAACAAGAAGCGACCGAAAAGAUUCGGGAAUUUAUACGAACGACGGGAAGUUGCGCAGAUGUCCAGGAACACCUUUUGAAAGAUCUAACUAUAUUUCUGGGCAAGGUUCGCGAUGAGGAUACUCUUGUUAGGGCCGCGUCUCGCCUAUACAUCAAGAAAAGGUUGGCAUAUAAGGAGUGGGCUCGGGAGUGGGUUCACUUGUCGACGCUUCCGCUGGGAAAGAGGCGACGCGAAGCCCAACAGAGCGUUAAUAUGUUGUGUGUGAAGAAAGACCGCUUGACGUUAUUGUUCAAGGCGCUUGAGCGCAUUUGGCCGCGAUUUAUGGAGGCGGCUGCUUCUCGGGGAGAGCUCCUUCUUGUCGAGCAUUAUUACCAUUAGAAUUUACUUAUUUGCGUAUUUUCAGCUCA